AGGGAGCCUCUGGUGGUCAGGGAACACGAGGAUAUUAUCCUGACUGCCAAGCUGGCCACACCCUCUGUGGCUGUGGUGACUUGGCUCAAGGACGGUGUGGAGAUUCGACGCAGCAAGCGGCAUGAGAUGGCCAGCCUGGGGGACACGCACACCCUGACUGUGCGCAGCGCACAGACUCUGGACAGCGCGAUCUACAGCUGCCGCGUGGGAGCUGAGGGGCAGGACUUCCCAGUGCAGGUGGAAGAGGUGGCCGCCAAGUUCUGCCGGCCCCUGGAGCCUGUGUGUGGCGAACUGGGUGGCACAGUGACACUGACCUGUGAGCUGAGACCGGAGCAGGCCGAGGUGCUAUGGCGCUGUGGAAGCGUGCAGCUCCGGGCAGGCAAGCACUUCCAGAUGGCAGCUGUGGGGCCCCUGCGCUCGCUCACUGUGUCAGCCCUCAGGGUGGAGGAUGCGGGCGAAUAUGUGUGCGAGAGCCGUGACGACCGGACCAGCGCCCAGCUCACAGUCUGUGUCCCCCGUGAGGUCAAGUUCACAUCCGGGCUCAGCGCUGUGGUCGCAGAGGAGGGCCGAGAGGCCACCUUCCAGUGUGUGGUGACCCCCAGUGACGCAGCCGUCAUGUGGUUCCGGGAUGACACCCAGCUGCAGCCCAGCGAGAAGUUUCUCAUAUCGCAGAGUGGCGCCAGCCACAGCUUGACCAUCUCUGGUCUGGCCCUGGAGGACGCAGGUGAAAUCACCGCAGAGGCUGAGGGUGUUAGAUCCUCAGCUGUCCUGCGGGUCCGAGAGGCUCCUGUGCUGUUCAAGAAGAAGCUGGAGCCACAGACAGUGGAGGAGUGGGGUUCCGUGACCAUGGUGGUGGAGCUGACCAGGCCUUGGCCAGAGGUCAAGUGGACACGCAAUGCCAUGGUCCUAGCCCCAGGCAAGAAGGUGGAGAUUCACACAGAGGGCACGAGUCACUCCCUGGUCCUCCACAGCGUGGAUUUUGCUGACCGGGGCUUCUAUGGCUGUGAGACACCAGAUGACAAGACGCAGGCUAAACUCACAGUGGAAAUGCGCCAGGUCCGGCUCCUGCGGGGCCUGCAAGCAGUGGAGGUACAGGAGCAGGGCUCGGCUAUCAUGGAGGUGGAGCUGUCACAUGCCAAAGUGGAGGGCAGCUGGAUGCGUGAUGGUCUUCGGCUACAGCCAGGGCCCUUGUGCCACCUGGCAGUGCAAGGCCCUAUCCAUACACUCACACUGUCUGAGCUGCGGCCACAGGAUGGUGGUCUCAUCGCCUUCAAAGCUGAGGGAGUGCACACAUCUGCUCAGCUUGUGGUAACUGAGCUGCCUGUGAGGUUCAGCCGCCCACUGAAAGAUGUGGUGGCCACAGAAAAGGACAAAGUGACCCUGGAGUGUGAGCUGUCCCGUUCCAAUGUGGAUGUGCGCUGGCUGAAGGAUGGUGUGGAGCUGCAGGCUGGCAAGACAGUGGGCAUGGCAGCCCAGGGCACCUGCCGGACACUCAUCAUUUACCAGUGUGCCUUUGGGGACCAGGGCGUGUAUGUGUGUGAUGCCCACGAGGCUCAGACCUUGGCCUCUCUGAAGGUGCAAGGCCGCAAUGUCCAGAUCCUGAGGCCCUUGGAGGAUGUGGAGGUGACAGAGAAGGAGAGUGCCACCUUUUCUUGCGAGGUCUCCCAUGAUGAGGUGCUAACCCAGUGGUUCCGGAAGGGCAGUAAGCUUCGGCCCAGUGACAACGUGCGCAUCCGCCAGGAAGGGAGGAUAUACACACUCAUCUACCGGAGGGUUCUGGUGGAAGAUGCAGGAGAAAUCCGAUUUGUGGCCGAAAAUGCAGAAUCUCGAGCCCAGCUCCGAGUAAGAGAGCUGCCAGUGUCCAUCCUGCGCCCACUUCGGGACAAGAUUGCCAUGGAGAAGCACCGAGGCAUACUUGAGUGCCAGAUGUCACGGGCCAGCGCCCAAGUGCGGUGGUUCAAGGGUGGCAUGGAACUGUGGCCUGGACCCAAGUAUGAGAUGGUCAGUGAUGGCCUCUACCGCAAGCUAGUCAUCAAUGAUGUGCAGCCCGAGGAUGAGGACACUUAUACAUGCGAUGCUGGCGAUGUGAAGACCAGCGCCCAGUUCUUUGUGGAAGAGCAAUCCAUCACCAUCCUGCGGGGCCUGCAGGACGUGAUGGUGAUGGAGCCCGCCCCUGCCUGGUUUGAGUGCGAGACCUCUAUACCAUCUGUUCGGUCGCCUAAGUGGCUGCUGGGGAAGACGGUGCUGCAGGCUGGGGCGGACGUGAGCAUGGAGCAGGAAGGCACAGUGCACCGGCUGACGCUGCGGCGCACCUGCUCUACCAUGACUGGGCCAGUGCACUUCACCAUCGGCAAGUCUCGCUCCACUGCCCACCUGGUUGUCUCAGACAUCCCUGUGGUGCUUACACGGCCGCUGGAGCCUAAGACUGGACAUGAGCUGCAGUCGGUGGUCCUGUCCUGCGACUUCAAGCCGCCGCCCAAGGCUGUGCAGUGGUACAAGGAGGACACACCCCUGGCACCGUCUGAUAAGUUCAAAAUGAGUCUGGAGGGUCACAUGGCGGAGCUGCGUGUCCUGCGGCUCACGCCCGCCGAUGCUGGCAUCUACCGGUGCCAGGCUGGCAAUGCCCAGAGCAGCGCCCAAGUCACCGUGGAAGCUCGGGAGGUGAUAGUGACGCAGCCACUGGAGGACACAGAGGCCACAGAGGAGGGUCGCGCCUGUUUCUCGUUGGAGCUUUCCCAUGAGGAUGAAGAGGUGGAGUGGUCGCUCAAUGGGAUGCCCCUCUACAAUGACAGCUUCCAUGAAAUCACCCACAAGGGCCACCGCCACACGCUGGUACUGAAACGGGUCAGACAGUCGGAUGCGGGAAUGGUGUGCGCCUCUUCCCCCAAGGUGACGGCCUCUGCUCACCUGGAGGUCAGAGUGAAGCCAGUGGUGUUCCUGAAGGCACUGGAUGAUGUGUUUGCGGAGGAGCGGGGCUCUCUGGCCCUACAGUGUGAGGUCUCUGACCCCCACGCCUGCGUGGUGUGGCGCAAGGAUGGCGUAGAGCUGGGUCCCAGCGACAAGUAUGACUUUCUGCAAACAGCGGGCACACGUGGUCUAGUGGUGCACGACCUGAGUAAGGACGACGCAGGCCUGUACACCUGUCACCUAGGCACUGAGGAGACCCGGGCGCAGGUCAACGUGCAGGACCUGCACGUGGGUAUCACCAAGAGGCUGAAGACGGUGGAGGUGCUAGAAGGUGAGCGCUGCAGCUUUGAGUGCAUCCUGUCCCAUGAAGAUACAGGUGACACUGCCGUGUGGACAGUCGGCGGAAAGACAGUGGGUGGCUCUGGCCGCUUCCAGGCUACGCGCCAGGGCCGAAAGUUCACCCUGACUGUGCAAGAAGUGGUGCUGGGUGACGCCGGGGAGGUGGUCUUCUCCAUGCGGGGCCUCACCUCCAGGGCCUCACUCAUCGUCAGAGAAAAACCAGCAGACAUAACAAAACCUCUGGAGGAUCAGCGGGCCGUGCCAGGGGAGGAUGCAAUACUGAGUUGUGAGCUGUCACGGGCGGGAGCCCCGGUGCGCUGGCUGAAGGAAGGGAAACCCAUUCGCAAGAGUCAGAAGUAUGACCUGCUCAGCGAGGGUACUCGGGCUGUGCUGGUGGUUCGCACAGCCUCGAUCAAGGAUUCUGGAGAGUACACGUGUGAGACAGAGGUUUCUAAGAGCACGGCUAGCCUCCGCGUGGAAGAAAUGGCAAACUGGUUCACGGAGGAGCUGGUGGAUCUGCGGGUGGAGGAAAAAGGCAUGGCUGUGUUCACCUGCAAGACAGAGCGCCCUGCAGCCACAGUGACCUGGCGCAAGGGUCUCUCUGAGCUGCAUGCCUCAGAGAAGCAUGCACCCAGCCAGGAGGGUGUAACUUUGAGACUCACCAUCAGUGCCCUGGAGGAGGCAGACAACGACACCUACACUUGUGACAUUGGCCAGGCAAAGUCCCAGGCACGGCUCCUGGUGCAAGGUCAGAGAGUGCUCAUCGUGGAGGAGCUUGUGGAUGCUGAAGUACAGGAGGGCUCCUCAGCCACUUUCAACUGCCGCAUCUCCCCUGCUGACUACGGGCCUGUCCACUGGUUCCUGGACAAGACACCCCUACAUGCCAAUGAGCUCAAUGAGAUUGAGGUCCAGUCAGGUGGCUGCCAUGUGCUCACCCUGCGGCAGCUUGCGCUCAAGGACUCGGGCACUGUCCACUUUGAAGCAGGCGACCAGCGGUCCUCAGCCACACUGCGAGUCACAGAGAAGCCAAGUGUCUUCUCCCAGGAGCUCAAGGAUGCCACAGUCAUGGAGGGGGAGGAUCUGACCCUGGUCUGUGAGACCACUGUCCCAGACAACCCUGUGCACUGGACCAAGGAUGGGAAAGCCCUGCGGGCAUCAGCUCGGUGCCAGCUGAGCCGUGAGGGCCACCAUGCCCAGCUGGUCAUCACUGACAUCACCCUGCAGGACAGUGGGCGCUACAAGUGUGAAGCUGGGGGUGUCUGGAGCAGCUCCAUUGUCAGGGUCCACGCACGGCCAGUGCGGUUCCAGGAGGGGCUGAAGGACAUGGAAGUGCUGGAGGGGGGGGCAGCCACACUGUGCUGUAAGCUGUCGUCUGUGGCUGUGCCCGUGGAGUGGCACCGAGAGGAUGAGGUUCUGCGGCCAGGAGGCAAAUACAGCAUGCGGCAGAGGGGCUCCACACUGGAGCUGGUGGUCCAGGACCUGCAGCCCCACGACAGCGGGCGGUACUCCUGCCACUUUGGGGACCAGGCAACCUCAGCCACGCUUACUGUGAAGGCCUCUCCUGCUGAGUUCAUAGGAAGAAUGAGAAGCAAGGAGGCCACAGAAGGGGCCACAGCCAUGCUGCACUGCGAGCUGAGCAAGGCAGCCCCCGUGGAGUGGAGGAAGGGGCCCGAGACCCUCAGAGCUGGGGACAGAGUCAGCUUGAGGCAGGACGGGGCCGUGUGUGAGCUGGAGAUCCGGGACCUGGCUCUGACUGAUACUGGGGAGUACUCGUGCGUGUGCGGGCAGGAGAGGACGUCAGCCACGCUCACCGUCAGGGCCCCACAGCUGGUAUUCAGAGAGCCCUUGAGGAGCCUGCAGGCCGAAGAAGGUGCAUGGGCCAGCCUGCGGUGUCAGCUGUGGGAGCCCAGUGCUGUGGUCUGGAGCAAGGGUGGCUUGGAGCUGCAGGCCAACGAGCGCCUGGAGCCACGGCAACAGGGUUGCUUGGUGGAGCUGGUGCUUCGAGACCUGUGCCGGGAGGAUGCGGGCGAGUACACCUGCACCUGUGGCUCCCAGGCCACCAGCGCUACCCUCACUGUCACAGCUGCACCGGUGCGGUUCCUCCAGGAGCUGCAGGCCCAGGAGGUGGAUGAGGGUGCACUGGCACGCCUGCACUGUGAGCUGAGCCGGGCAGGCGCCAGUGUGGAGUGGCGCAAGGGCAUGCUACAACUCUUCCCUUGCACCAAGUAUCAGAUGGUGCAGGAGGGUGUGACUGUGGAGCUGCUGGUGCAUGGUGUGGAGCAGGAGGACAGUGGCUACUAUACCUGUGACAUAGGCCACACUCAGAGCACUGCCAGACUCUUAGUCCGAGCCCCUAGGCCCGUGUUCCAGACUGAGCUGCAGGACACAGAGCAGGAGGUGGGCAGCCUGGCCCAGCUGUGCUGCCAGCUGAGCCAGGUGGAGCCUGGGGCCCCCGUGCAGUGGCUCAAGGAGGGUGUGGAGCUGCACGCAGGCCCCAAGUAUGAGAUGCAUCACCAGGGGGUCAUGUGUGAGCUGCUGAUCCACGGGCUUGAGGCCAAGGACUCUGGCGAGUAUGCCUGUGUGGUGGGUGGCCAGAAAACCAUGGCCUCUGUCAAGGUCAGAGCACCCAAGGUGACCAUUCUGGAGCCCCUGCAAGAUGUGCAGCUCAGUGAGGGCCAGGACGCCCACUUCCAAUGCCACCUAUCCAGGGCCUCUAGCCAGGAGGCCUGCUGGGCCCUGGAAGGAGUGCCCCUGCAGGCCAACGAAAUGAAUGACAUUACAGUGGAGCAAGGCACAUUGCACUCGCUCACUCUUCACAAGGUGACCCUGGAGGAUGCUGGAACCAUCAGUUUCCGAGUGGGCUCAUGUAGCUCAGAGGCCCAGCUGAAGGUCACAGAGGCAGCACCAUACCUGGUACGUGGCUUGCAGAACGUGGACGUGUUUGCGGGGGAGGUGGCCACAUUCUCCUGCGAGGUGUCCCGUGCAGGUGGGCCUAAGGCCCACUGGUGGCUGGAUGGGACCCUACUGCAGGACGGCCCCCAGAGCACCAUCUGCGAGCGUGAUGGGACCUUCCAUUCCCUCAUGCUGUCAGGCCUGGGGGUUGCUGACUCAGGCACCAUCACCUACCACGCAGGGUCCCUGGUCUCUACGGCCAAGUUAUUGGUCAAAGAUCCCACGGUGGAGGUGGUCAGUGCCAUGCAGGACCUGGCGGUGGAGGAGGGCGGCGCGGCCGAGCUCCUUUGCCAGUACUCACGGCCGGUGCUGGCCACAUGGAAGAAGGACGAGCAGGAGGUAUGCGCCGACGGGCGCCGUGUCGUCCUAGAGCAGGACUGGACCGUGGCCAGGCUGUCCUUCAGGCCGGCCUUGCCCUGCGACAGUGGCAUCUAUUCUUGUGAGGCUGCAGGCACCCGUGUGGUGGCCCUGCUGCAAGUGCAAGCCAAGAACACAGUGGUGCGAGGCCUGGAGAAUGUUGAGGCACUUGAGGGAGGUGAAGCCCUGUUCGAGUGCCAGCUUUCCCGACCAGAGGUGGCCACCCACUCCUGGCUGCUGGACGAUGAGCCAGUGCACAGCUCUGAGAAUGCCGAGGUGGUCUACUUCGAGAACGGCUUGCGGCACCUGCUCCUGCUGAAAAACCUGCGGCCUCAGGAUAGCUGCCGGGUGACCUUCCUGGCAGGAGACGUGGUGACCUCCGCAUUCCUCACUGUCAGAGGCUGGCGCUUGGAGGUCCUGGAGCCCCCUAGGGACAUGACUGUGCAGGCGGGAAGCCAGGCCCACUUUAGCUGCACACUCAGCGAGGUGGUGCUGGUGGGCGAGGCAACCUGGUACAUCAACGGGGUGGCGGUGCAACUUGAUGAUGCCGACUGGACAGUUACUGCAGAUGGGAGCCACCACACACUACUGCUGCACCACGCCCAGCUGCACCACGCUGGCGAGGUCACCUUCGCUGCCCGAGACGCUGUGGUCUCUGCGCGGCUUACCGUGCUGGGCCUUCCUGAUCCCCCAGAGGAUGCUGAGGUGGUGGGGCGCAGUGACCACUCCGUGACACUGUCCUGGGCAGCACCCGCCAGCGAUGGCGGUGGAGGCCUCUGCGGUUACCGGGUAGAGAUGAAGGCAUCUGCCACAGGCGAGUGGCGGCUGUGCCACAAGCUGGUGCCUGGGCCAGAGUGCAUUGUGGAUGGCCUGGCCCCUGGGGAGACCUAUCGCUUCCGUGUGGCAGCAGUGGGCCCAGCCGGAGCCGGAGAGCCCGUGCACCUGCCCCAGAUGGUGAGGCUAGAGGCCCUGGAACCUGCACCUGCGCCUCCUGCUCCCAAGAGCCAGCAGGUGGUAGCGGGCGAGGACUUGCGCCUGGAGUGCGAGGUGGCAGAGGCCGGUGAGGUUGUCUGGCUGAAGGAGAUGGAGCACAUUCAGCUUGGUGGGCGCUUCCAGGCCGUCUCCCACGGUCGGCGGCAGACACUGGUGGUUCACGGCUUCUCAGCGGAGGACCAGGGAGAGUACUGCUGCUGCCUGGCCAGAGACCCGAUCUCUGCCACUGCCAUCACCUUUCAGGUGGUGCUGACCCCAGGAUCUGGGGAUGAGGCCCCUGCACAGCCCAGCCUGCCCCCUGAGGCAGCCCAGGAGGGUGACCUGCACCUGUUGUGGGAGGCCCUGGCCCGGAAGCGCCGCAUGAGCCGAGAGCCCACACUGGACUCCAUCAGCGAGCUGCCAGAGGAAGAUGGGCGCCUGCUGUGCCAGCAGCAGGAGGCAGAGGAUGCGGCCCCUGACCUCUCGGAGGAUUACUCCACAGCUGACGAGCUGGCACGCACAGGCGAGGCUGACCUGUCACAUACCAGCUCUGACGAUGAGUCCCGGGCGGGCACUCCUUCCCUGGUCACCUAUCUCAAGAAGGCUGGGAAGCCUGGUGCCUCUCCCCUGGCCAGCAAGGUCAGGGCCCCAGCAGCCCCCUCUGGAAAGCUGCAGAAGCAGCCAAAGCAGCCAGCCACAGUGUGCCUGCCACCAGGAGAGUGGAGUGGUGAGGACCUUGGCGACCCAUCCCUGGACAAGGCAGCCGUGAAGAUCCAGGCUGCCUUCAAGGGCUACAGGGUGCGGAAGGAGAUGAGGCAACAGGAGGGGCCUAUAUUCUGUAGCACUUUUGGGGACACUGAAGUUCAGGUGGGGGAUGUCUUGCAUCUGGAGUGUGUAGUGUCCAGCAAGGCAGAUGUGCAGGCUCACUGGCUGAAGGAUGGCGUGGAGCUGACUGAUGGCCGACACCACCACAUUGACCAGCUAGGGGAUGGCACCUGCUCUCUGCUGGUCACUGGUGUGGGCCAAGCCGAUGCUGGCUGCUAUACCUGCCAGGUGAGCAGCAAGUUUGGCUGUGCAGUCCACAGCGCCCGUGUGGUCAUCAGCAGGAUGGAGAGUGAGACUGAGAGCUCCUCUGGCAGUGAGCUGGAUGAUGCCUUCCGCCGGGCAGCCCGGCGUCUGCACCACCUCUUCUGCACCAAAGGCCCGGCGGAGGUUUCAGACGAGGAGAUCUUCUUGAGUGCAGAUGAGGGCUCAGCAGAGCCCGAGCAACCUGGGGACUGGCAGACAUACCGUGAAGAUGAACACUCAGUCUGCAUCCGCUUUGAGACAUUGGCUGAGGCCCGCCGGGCGGCUACCCACUUCCAGGAGAUGUUCCGAAUGUUGGGCAUUGGGGUGGACAUCAGCCUGUCAGAGAAGGGGCACCAGGGAGUGGAAAUACGCAUUGCCAAGGUGUCCCUCGUCCCCAUGGCGCCUUUGGAGCCAGUGCCCAGCUUGUGCACCACAGAGUCUGCCCCAGUGUUCCUGACUGAGCUGCAGAACCAGGAGGUGCUGGACGGGUACCCUGUGAGCUUCGACUGUGUGGUGACAGGCCAACCGGUACCCAGUGUGCGCUGGUUCAAGGAUGGGAGGGUGCUGGAGGAAGAUGACCACUACAUGAUCAGUGACGACCAGCAGGGUGGCCACCAGCUCAUCAUUACAGCUGUGGUGCCUGCAGACAUGGGUGUCUACCGCUGCCUGGCCGAGAACAGCGUGGGUGUGUCCUCCACCAAGGCUGAGCUCCGAGUGGACUUGACCAGCACUGACUACGACACUGCUGCAGAUGCCACAGAGACUUCGUCCUACUUCAGCGCCCAAGGCUACCUGUCCAGCCAUGAGCAGGAGGGUGCAGAGUCUAUGUCAGAGGAGGGACAACUGCCCCAGAUAGUGGAGGAGCUGAAAGACCUCCAGGUGGCUCCUGGCACACGUCUGGCCAAGUUCCAGCUCAAGGUGAAAGGCUACCCAGUGCCCCGCCUGUACUGGUUCAAAGACGGGCAGCCCCUGGCUGCUUCCACACACAUUCGCAUGGUGGACAAGAAGACACUGCAUGCCCUGGAGAUCCUCUCAGUCACUGGAGAGGAUGCUGGCCAGUACUCGGUCUAUGUCAGCAACACCGUGGGCGCUGCUUACUCAUCUGCUCGGCUACUGGUCCGAGGCCCCAGUGAUGCAGAAGAGAAGCUGGCAGCAGUUGUGCAGCAACAGCUGGUACCGCCCCGAUUCCUGGAGAAGUUCACCUCCAAGAAGGUGAAGAAGGGCUCCAGCAUCACUUUCUCCGUGAAGGUUGAAGGUCUGCCGGCCCCAGCUGUGCAUUGGCUGCGGGAGGAGGCAGAGCGGGUGCUGUGGAUUGGCCCAGACACACCAGGCUACACAGUGGCCAGCUCAGCCCAGCAGCACAGCCUGGUCCUCCUGGAUGUGGGCCGACAGCACCAGGGCAUCUACAACUGCAUCGCGUCCAAUGCUGCUGGCCAGGCCCUCUGCUCUGCCAGCCUACAUGUCUCUGGCCUGCCCAAGGAGGCAGAGGAAGUGGGGGAGACAGCUGGGGUGAAGGAGGCCCUCAUCUCUACCUUUCUUCAAGGGACCCAAGCUAUCUCUGAACAGAUGCUGGAACCUGCAGGUUUCACUGAUCUUGCUGGGCAAAAAGGAGAGCCCCUGGCACCCAAGGCCCGUGGCCACUUGUCCCUGGCCGAGGUGGGCACGGAGGAGUUCCUGCAGAAGCUGACCUCACAAAUCACAGAGAUGGUGUCGGCCAAGAUCACUCAGGCCAAGCUGCAGGUGCCUGGAGGUGACAGUGACGAGGAGUCCAAGACACCAUCCGCAUCCCCCCGGCAUGGCCGCUCCCGCCCCUCCUCUAUUGUCCAGGAGUCAUCCUCAGAGUCGGAAGAUGGAGACUCCCGGGGAGAGAUCUUUGAUAUCUAUGUGGUCACAGCUGACUACCUGCCUCUGGGGGGUGAGCAGGACACCAUCUCGCUGCGAGAGGGUCAGUACGUGGAGGUGCUGGACUCAGCCCACCCUCUACGCUGGCUUGUGCGCACCAAGCCCACCAAGUCCAGCCCCUCACGACAGGGCUGGGUGUCCCCUGCCUACCUGGACAAGCGGCUCAAGCUAUCGCCUGAGUGGGGGCCUGCUGAGGUCCCUGAGUUCCCUAGGGAGGCUGUGUCUGAGGAUGAGUACAAGAGGCGGCUGAGCUCCGUCAUCCAGGAACUGCUGAGCUCCGAGCAGGCCUUUCUGGGCAAGCUGCAAUUCCUGAAGAGCCACCACAUGGAGUACCUGGACCACUGCCCCCAUGUACCUGCCGCUGUGGCUAGCCAGAAGGCUGUCAUUUUCCGGAACAUUCAGGAACUCAGCCACUUCCACAGCAGCUUCCUGCAGGAGCUGCAGAGCUGUGACACGGAUGAUGAUGUGGCCAUGUGCUUCAUUAAGAACCAGGUGGCCUUUGAGAAGUACCUGGAGUUCCUGGUGGGCCGAGUGCAGGCCGAGUCGGUGGUGGUCAGCACAGCUGUGCAGGAAUUCUACAAGAAAUACUCAGAGGAGGUGCUGUCGGCUGCUGACCCCUCACAGCCACCCCCACCCCCACUACAGCACUUCCUGGAGCAGCCAGUCCAGCGGGUCCAGCAGUACCAGGCCCUGCUCAAGGAGCUGAUCCGCAACAAGGCUCGGAACCGGCAGAACUGCACGCUGCUGGAGCAGGCCUACGCAGCAGUGUCUGCCCUGCCUCAGCGUGCUGAGAACCAGCUGCACGUGUCGCUCAUAGAAAACUACCCAGGCACCCUGGAAGCCCUGGGCGAGCCCAUCCGCCAGGGCCACUUCAUCGUGUGGGAGGGGGCACCAGGUGCAAGGAUGCCCUGGAAGGGCCACCACCGCCACGUCUUCCUGUUCCCCCACCACCUGGUAGUCUGCAAGCCCAGGAGGGACUCACACACUGACACCUUCAGCUAUGUGUUCCGGAACAUGAUGAAGCUGAGCAACAUCGACCUGAACGAGCAGGUGGAGGGGGAUGACCGCGCCUUCGAGGUGUGGCAUGAGCGGGAGGACUCGGUGCGCAAGUUCCUCCUGCAGGCACGGACUGUCAUCACCAAGAAUGCCUGGGUGAAGGAGAUCAGCGGCAUCCAGCAGCAUCUGGCCCUGCCUGUCUGGCGGCCCCCAGAUUUUGAGGAGGAGCUGGCCGACUGCACAGCUGAGCUGGGUGAAACAGUCAAGCUGGCCUGCCGUGUAAUUGGCACACCCAAGCCCGUCAUCAGCUGGUACAAAGAUGGGAAGCCAGUGGAGGUGGACCCUCACCACAUUCUCAUUGAAGACCCGGAUGGCUCAUGCACCCUCAUCCUGGACAACCUGACUGGCGCUGACUCUGGCCAGUACAUGUGCUUUGCAGCUAGCACCGCUGGCACAGCCAGCACCCUGGGCAAGAUCCUGGUGCAGGUUCCUCCACGGUUUGUGAACAAGGUCCGGGCAGUACCUUUUGUGGAGGGAGAGGACGCCCAGGUCACCUGCACCAUCGAAAGUGUCCCACACCCUCAGAUCAGGUGGUACAAGGAUGGGGCCCUGCUGUCCCCUGGUGGCAAGUACCGGACUCUAAGUGAGCCACGCAGUGGCCUGCUCAAGCUGGAGAUCCGGGAGGCCAGCAAGGAAGACGUGGGCUACUACGAGUGCGAGCUGGUGAACCGGCUGGGCUCGACACGGGGUGGCAUGGAGCUGGGUCUGCAGAGCUCCACACUACAGGCCGGGGAACAGCGCCACCACCGGGAGCACACCACUGCCAUGGUGGAAGUCACUGAGCAGGAGACUAAAGUCCCCAAGAAAACCGUCAUCAUAGAGGAAACCAUCACCACCGUGGUGAAGAGCCCCCAUGGCCGUCUCCAGUCCCCCAGCAAGUCUCCCUCACUCUCGCCUUCCCGCCGCCCUGCCAGUCCCUCCAGGCCAGGCCUGUCAGCCCCUGAGCUGCUGCACUCACCAGGGGUCGGCCAGCUCUGCAGGCCAGGGGUGGAGCCAGGCUGGAGGCCCACUGUACCCAUGCUGUACGUGACAGAGCCUGGAGCCCACACGCCGGCCCUGCCCAAGGGCACUGGGCCCCUUUCCAAGUGGGUGGAGGUCGAGGAGACCAUUGAAGUCCGGGUGAAGAAAACAGGCCCGAGAGGUGCAUCUCCAGCCAGAGAGGUGCCCAGCAGUUCGGCGGGGUUUCUCUUCACGCUGCCUGGUGGGACCCCAGGAGGAGACCCCAACACAAACAACUCCAACAACAAGCUGCUGGCCCAGGGGUCCCUGCCCCAGGGCAGAGUCGUCUGUGUGAGCGCUGGACUGGAGAGCCCUGAGCUGUCCCCUCCCGGGGCUGCUGAAGAGGAAGCCCCUCUGGAGGUGCAGGAUGGGGCAGGUGUCUGCCUGACAGAGGAGCCCCUAAGAGCCCAUGACCUUCGGGGUUACGACCCCAAGAUUCUCACACACGAUGGCUGUGUGCUGACGCUGGCUGACCUGGAGGAUUAUGUGCCCCGAGAAGGGGAAACCUUUGGCCGCAGCAGCCCCAUGACCGGUGCUUCUGAUGAUCCACCCUGCGAAGUUUCAGUGCUCCAGAGAGAGAUCCGUGAGCCCGUUGUGGGGCAGCCCAUCCUGCUCAAUGUGGGGCGCCCACCAGGCCCCCAAGGGCCCCUUGGCUUCUUCAGCCACCUCUCCCAGGAGGGGGCUCCAUUAGGGCCUCAGGUCUGCGGCCGUCCUGGCACCUCCUGUGUGCGGGAGACCUGGGCUGAGGGUCCCAUACCCUGGAUGCCGUCCUUCCGCACCCAGGUCCAUCGCUCUGCAGACAGUGGCCAGAGUAGCUUCAAAACGGAGGUUUCCACCAAGAGGGCCAGCUUAGGGACAGUGGGCGAGACAGUCACCCUGCACCUUCGUCGGGACGGGGAUGAGGGCCCCAGCCCCUCCCAGGGAUAAGGCUGUGGUUGUGGUCGAGGGCACAGGCAGCUGGGGGGUCAAGACAGGGACUCUCUUGGAGCCAGGAAACUGCUGAUAGGGCUGUCGGCUGCUGUGGCCGCGCAGGGGGAGCAGAAGGAGAGGCCUGGCUUUGAGGCCUAGGGCCCGGCCUGGCAUCUGCACCCACAUGCUUCACAGCUGUCCUGUAUUUGGGGCUCAGGAGAGAGGCCUGAAGCCAGCACCUCGGGACAUGUGCUCUGACCCUGCCCUUGUUCUCCAGCAAUUCAGGACUUGAGCUGCCCAUCCUCCCACCAGGUGCUUCCUACCUCAUAGGGGGUCUCCAGCUGAGAACACUGUAUGCACAGCUGUAACCCACAUUAUCGCAGUUCUGUGGGAGCAACAGGGAGACCAGCUCUGGCCUGUGUCCCACUUUGCUUGCUGCGGCACAGUCCUGCCCCAUGCGAAGGUGCUCAGUGGGGCUUCCCUGAGGGCACAUCUUCCCUGUGGACACUUUUCUCAGCCUCCAGGAAGGCCGGCUGAGGCCCACUGGGGCCCAUGCUACAGACCUCUCGGGCCUCCCCUGCAGAGUGGGCUGGAGUCUGUAGGUGGGAAGCAGCCCCUGUUAGUUAACUCCAUGAUGAUAAUAAACUGGCUCCUGCACCCCA